UAAAGGCCCCAGGAACUUUCCUGAAAGCCCAGUCUUCCAGGACUGCAGCACUAGCAGCACCAUGCCUAUGACGUUGGGUUACUGGGAUGCCCGAGGGCUGGUUUUCCCUGUCCGCGCACUCCUGGAAUACACUGGCACCAGCUAUGAGGAAAAGCAUUACACCAUGGGGGACGGUCCAGACUGUGACCGAAGCCAGUGGCUGAGUGAGAAAUUCAAGCUGGGCCUGGACUUCCCCAAUCUGCCCUACCUGAUUGAUGGGACUCACAAGAUCACCCAGAGCAACGCCAUCAUGCGCUACCUCGCCCGGAAGCACAACCUGUAUGGAGAGACAGAAGAGGAGAAGAUUCGCGUGGACAUUUUGGAAAAUCAGGUUAUGGACAACCGCAUGCAAUUCCUCACGGUCUGUUACAGCCCUGACUUUGAGAAGCUGAAGCCCGACUACCUGAAGGGUCUCCCAGACAAGCUGACACUGUACUCCCAGUUCCUGGGGAAGCGACCCUGGUUUGCAGGGGACAAGAUCACCAUUGCCGAUUUCCUUGUCUAUGACAUCCUGGACCAGAACCGUUUAUUUGCUCCUGGGUGCCUGGAUGCGUUCCCAAACCUGAAGGAUUUCAUUGCUCGAUUUGAGGCCCUGCCAAAGAUCGCUGCCUACAUGAAAUCCAGCCGCUUCAUCAGAGUACCUGUGUUUUCUAAGAUUGCCAAGUGGACAGGAAAGUAGGACUCUAGUUUCAAGGGUAGGAUCAGCUUUGGAGAGCUCAGGCCCACAGCCCUGCCUCAGCCUUCUCAGUCCUCUCCCUCCACUGUCUCCUCCUCCCCAGCCUGCUAUCCCCUGUCCUCAAAGCCAACCAUCCCAUACAGACCCUGGC